AUGCACAGUUCUACAAUGGCGGACGCAGCUCCAGCCGGUGGACGUGGCGGUUUUCGCGGUGGCUUUGGUUCUCGGGGUGGUGACAGGGGUCGUGGGGGUCCACGCGGAAGGGGACGCGGUCGUGGACGUGGCCGUGGUCGCGGCAAAGAAGACCAGAAGGAAUGGGUGCCCGUAACCAAGUUGGGUCGUUUAGUACGAGAAAACAAAAUUGACAAGCUUGAAAGCAUCUAUUUAUUUUCUCUGCCCAUCAAAGAAUUCGAAAUUAUUGACUUCUUCCUUGGGGCGUCUUUGAACGAUGAAGUACUGAAGAUCAUGCCUGUACAGAAACAAACACGUGCCGGUCAGCGAACCCGUUUCAAGGCUUUUGUCGCCAUUGGCGACAACAAUGGACAUAUUGGGCUUGGCGUGAAAUGUAGCAAGGAAGUAGCAACUGCCAUCAGAGGUGCUAUAAUUCUCGCAAAGCUGUCCGUUCUUCCCGUUCGUAGAGGGUACUGGGGUAACAAGAUUGGAAAGCCUCACACCGUGCCAUGCAAGGUUACAGGAAAGUGUGGCUCUGUCACCGUACGACUCAUCCCUGCCCCCCGUGGUACUGGCAUUGUGUCUGCUCCAGUUCCUAAAAAGCUGCUUCAAAUGGCUGGUGUUCAAGAUUGCUACACAUCAGCUCGCGGAUCGACCGGUACUUUGGGCAAUUUCGCCAAAGCCACCUAUGCCGCGAUUGCCAAGACCUACGCUUACUUGACACCAGACUUGUGGCGGGAUAUCCCAUUGACUAAAUCACCAUAUUCUGAACUCAAAGUC